CUCUUCCAACUGUUUCACCACAUUUUAUGAAUUUGAGACACUUGUUUUUUAGUCGUCCUGCUAAGAAAUCAACAAACACAUGCAGAAGGAAACUGUCUCAAUGAACAAUGCAUGUUCAGUAACAUUUGCCAAAGAAAUUUAAAAAAAUUCUCUCUCACCAUCUGCCUCAAUUAAUUGUGUUAACAGCUAAUCUCAAAGGUUUUUUCUUCUUUCCUUUGCCUCCUCUGAUCCUCUCUUAUCCAACACAUCGUUCACUGUGACAGUUUGCUCGUCACCUCCAUGGGCCACAUUAAACUGACAGAUUUUGGCCUAUCCAAAGUGGGGCUGAUGAAUAUGACUACUAAUCUGUACGAGGGACAUAUAGAGAAAGAUGCCAGAGAAUUCUCUGAUAAGCAGGUUUGUGGAACCCCAGAGUAUAUUGCUCCAGAGGUCAUUCUUCGGCAAGGCUACGGAAAGCCGGUGGAUUGGUGGGCUAUGGGCAUCAUCCUGUACGAGUUCCUCGUGGGCUGUGUACCCUUUUUUGGAGACACACCAGAAGAACUGUUUGGGCAGGUCAUCAGUGGUCAGUGUCACCUCAAUCCUCAGAAAAUAAAUACCUGUGGUAUUUCUUUCGAGUCACUGGGUAAUAUUUCACCCUCACAGUAAAGACAUUAUAGAUGU